AUGAAGUUGCUAGUAAUAAACCCUAAUUCUUCUGAGAAGGUAACUGAAAAUCUCUCGAAAACGGUGCUGAGCCCAGAAGGUGUAGAACUCGUUUUCUAUACGGGACCUGAGUCCGCUCCGAGAGAGAUUGUUCCUUCAACUUCUUGUGCUUCAGAACAGGCGGUCCUUCCAGACUUGGUUUCCAAAGGGGCAAUUGAGAUCUACGAUGGCUUUCUCGUUUGUUGCUAUUCAGAACAUCCGCUUGUUGGUUCGCUUCAGAAACUCACCAGCAAGCCUGUGUUGGGGAUUAUGCAGGCCACGCUUCUCUAUGGGCUCCUGGUGGGUUCAAAGCUGGUAAUUAUCACAAGCGUCAGUGAAUGGAACGAAGUGUUGGACACAGCCGUCACCGACUUUGUAGGUAGCUCUAGCUUUCCGAGCAGGAAAUUUGCACCCACCCGGGCUUUGGAUGUUAGUGUUCUUUCGCUCAGCGAUCCUGAAGAGUUCAAGAAGAUUGAAAAUCGGGUAGAUGUCGUUUUGAACAAGGAGUAUGCGGAUGAAAACAUAAAGACGGUAUUGCUCGGAUGCGCGGGUAUGGCAGGACUUAACGAAAAGUUGAGCGCUGCUUUUGAGGGAGUGGUGUUUGUUGAUAGUGUCAAGGUGGGUGUGGAGUUAUUGGCGCUGUUGUGUAGAUUUCGCAGUCAAUUACAUCCAUAG